UUAUCUUAUCAGGUCUUAUAUAUAUAUACAAUUAUUGGAAUUAUCUAGGGAUUAUUAGGGAUAGACUUGAAGAGAACUGGGAACUUAUCAACGGUAGAAUUCCUACUAUCCUGUCUAGACCCGUGACAUAUUGCCCCGGUUCUUCCCUUCUCUCUCUCUCUCUCUCUCUCUCUACCUUCUUUCUCCUUCACUCCCUCUAGACUACAACGACCAACCGAUAAUUCUAAUCAUAAUUACACUAUCAUCACAAUGUCAGAACAUGAAGCCCCUGUUGUUUCUCAUGGCCGAGGAGGCCAGGGAAACAUCGGCGCUGAUCCAACUGAAUAUGUUGACGCCGGUAUAGUCCGUGAAGGAGCCUACGGCGACCAAGGCGACGGCGCUUAUUCCGCUGGGCGCGGUGGCGCAGGAAACAUCGGUUCCCCCCACGUCCGUCCCACCAGCAAACCACCCCACGAUGCUGAAGUGAUUCCCGAGCUGGCGAUUCGGCAGUCCUUGGAUGGCGAUUACCAUACCGGGAGAGGCGGCCAAGGCAACGUCCACCUAGACCCAGAGCACGAAAAGGGCAAGGAAGCAAAGACAGAAGAAAAGGAGAAGAAGAAAGAGAAAUCGAUGGCGCAUGAGGGACUGGCAGAUAGAUUGAAGAACAAGCUUUUGGGCAGGAAGUAAUCCGUUUUUCUCCCGUAACUUGCCUUUUUUGAUUUGAUUUGAGAUUCCCUUUUGUCUGUUAUUUUUUUUUUUUUUUUACCUUCCUACCUAACUUCUACCUGAGUACUUAGUUGAUAACCCUUUGCCGCUUACUUGAGAUUAUACAAUAUGUAGAUAUAUUCCGCUAAGAAUUAGUGACUUGUUGGGCAUGUAUGUACCUAGAGAGUUUAGAUUAGAUACAUAUACAGACCUAUAUAAUAUGACCUGUAUCAUCUCAAGAUCAGUAUAUAU